GUUCGUCCAAGAGUGCGAGGAAGUCCAAGAAUGGAUAAGCGAGCAAAUGUCUGCAGCCGCCAGCGAGGAGUACGGGCUGGACGUAGAACAUGUGGAGACCCUGCAGCAGGCCUUCGACAACUUCCUCGCGCAACUGCACGCCAACGAAGGCCGCAUAGAGGCGGUGUGUGAGAGUGGCAACGCCCUUUUGGAAGAGAACGCGCCGGAAGCAGACAAGGUCAAGCAACGCGUGGAGGACACCAGAGGACUAUGGGAGGACCUGAAGGAACUGGCACUCGCUAGGCAGGAGGCCCUAGCAGGCGCUCGCCAAGUCCACGAGUUCGACCGCUCCGCAGACGAGACGGCAGCCUGGGUGGCGGAGAAGGAAGCACUGUUACCGGACGCAGGCGCGCGGUCAAGGACUGAACUGCACGCGCAGAAGCGACGCCUUACAGCGCUGCACGCUGAUUUGGACGCUAUAAGGGCUAGACACGCUGGACUGAAGGAAGAGGCUGCUAGACUGGGCACAGCAUUCCCCGACGCGAAGGAGCACGUGACAGCCAAGUUGGAAGACGUUUCGGAAGCGCUGGAGGCACUCGCAGCGAGAGCAGACCACGCGGGCACACAGGUUGAGCUGGCGGAACAGCUGCAAGCCUACUUUGGGACUUACCAGGAACUGCUUGCGUGGACCAACGAGAUGAUCGCGCGCGUGACGGCCGCGGAACUGGCGCGCGACGUGGCCGGAGCGGAGAGACUGCUGGCGAGGCACAAGGACAUGCGAGCGGAGAUCGACGCCAAGGACGAUGACUUCCAGAGGCACUACCACGAUGGCGAGAAACUAAUCCACGACGGCCACUUCAUGUCGGCGGAGAUCGAAGAGCGAAUGAGCGUCCUACGCAGCCGCCGCGCGCAGUUAGAAGCCGCCUGGGAACGACGCAGCACCGUCUACGCACAGCAUCUGGACGCGUUGCUGUUCAGACGGGAUGCCGACGCUCUGAGUGGCUGGAUAGAGAGCAGAGUGCCACUAGUCCGCGACGGCAAGUACGGCGAGAGCGUGGCUCAGGUGGAGGAGCUCAUCAGCCGCCACCGCGACUUGGAAGAAACCAUCGAGUCGCAGCGGGACAAGUUUAACGCGCUCAAACGCAUCACGCUGGUGGAGCAAGCCUUCGCAGCGAUGCGCGACGAGGAAGAAGCGGCCAGGCGACGCUCGGCAGAAAGGCAGGAGGCUGAAAGGAUGCAGCAGUACAGACGCCGCGAGCUACAGAGGAUCGCUGAGGAGAGAAGACAGGAGGCCACGCCGCCUGCACAGCCGCCUAGAGAGGUGGAGCGCGUACUGGGCCAGUCUACGGAGACCUUGGAAGAGGCAUCGCCCGCGACGUUAGAACGCCUGCCCAAGCACGACGCAGCCGUCAAGCGAGCCGAGAGCAUGAGUGUGGUGAAGACUCCAAAGCGAACGCCGUCGUUCACAACGCGUCGCCGCACGCAGAGCUUCCGUCGUCACCGCAGGCCUGAAGAGCUGCCGCCGGUUGAGAUCGAAGGUUUCUUGGAGCGUAAGCAAGAGGCCGGCUGCGGCGGCAAGCGAGCCACCGUCCGAUCCUGGCGCGGUUACUACUCGGUGCUGUGUGGACAAUUGCUGUGCUUCUUCAGGGAUGAGCUGGACUUCGCGAGUUCCAAGGCCGCCGCGCCUCCUGUGGCUAUACUUAACGCCACGUGUUCACCGGCCGGCGAUUACACAAAACGCGCGCACGUAUUCCGUCUGGCCUGCGCGGACGGCGCCGAGUAUCUCUUCGCCGCCGCCACCCGCGACCUGAUGAGAGACUGGGUGGCCAAGCUCGCCUUCCAUGCUCAACUACCGCCGGAGUUACAGCUGACUCCGUACUCGCCUAACACAAGUCCGCAAGAUGAGAAUAAUGUGGAACUCAGGAAAAGGCUGCAAAAGAACGCCGGCUCAUCGUCAUCAUCAGCGGCGUCGUCUCCCGAACCAGCGAGGCAGUCUCGCUCGCAGGCCGAGAUCCUUCAACAACACCGCUCGCAACAACGCUCCUCCGCCACGCCAGAACGGAGCGAGAGAAAUAUUGAAUCGACGGUGCUGCCAUCAUUGCCGCCUCGGCAGCCCCCGCAAGAUGACGGAGCCGAUAUAGUUUUGAGAAAUUCUGAACAAACCAGCUCGUGGGGUAGAUCACGGUUUUCAAACGGGCGCGACAUCAACGCAGAGUUCAUAAAAUCACAGAAAGAAGCAUACGGUGGGAACAGCAGCACACGCCCGGCUUCCGUUGCCGGCAGCGGAGGAUCGCCCGCGCUUGACCAGAGACCCGCUUCUAGGUCGUCCGGAGAAUCCGAACUGUCGGUGAGCGGCGUCACAAAGGAGAAGAAAGACAAAAAGGGCGUCUUCGGAGGCCUGUUUAGCAGGAAGAAGCGGCCUCAGAGCCACAUGUAGGCUCCACGCGUAGACUAGUCAAGAGCAGUUACAACUUAACAUUUUAAACUUUCGCGUUCCAUUUCAAUGAGGGUUUUCGCGAAUGAAAGAUCCGAUAGAUGGUGGGACGUGGAUGUGGGGUCUGACUGCUGCGUGAUUGGUGGAUUUUGACAUAUCUGUCAAUGUCAUGUCAAAAAUAACCAAUCAUGCAGCAUUUGGACCUCGCGUCUACGUAUUGCCAUCUGGCGGAUUUUUCAUUCGCAAAAACCCUCAUUAAAGUAGUAAGACACGGGUCUUAACGUCUGCUUGUGACCACGGCUGUAGCAUCGCAGCCGAAACGUCAAGCCGUGAGUACAUAAUGUAACUCAUUAAUAAACGUCGCGUUAAGACCCGUGACUUACUAUUUUAAGCAGUUACAACUGACCACCCUUUAAUACUAAAAAGGUGAAUAUUUUUCACCAAGCUUGAAUUAAUAAAAAAAAUCUAUAUUUUGAACUAGUUACACUACUUAAAAGCAAUAAAUAUACAAUAUGUAACGGAAACACCGUCCGAUCCAUUAAGGUGUUAAUAGGUAUCGAGUUAAGAUUCCAUUUGUGUAAUAAUUUUCAUAAAAUAUUAUAAAAAAAAUACCCCAUGAAAAAUAAAUACAAAA